AUGCAGCAAACAGCAGCAGCAGCAGCAGCAGCAGCAGCAGCAGCAGCAGCAGCACGGGCAGCACCAGCAGCAGCACAAGCAGCAGCAGCAGCAAACUGCAGCAGAGCUCCUCCUUGCCAGGCGCCGCAAGCAAGACCAUCCGGCAGCCCCCCAAAAACCCUCGCCCAGGCGAAGGAGCUGGUGGGGUUGCUGCCGCAGGCUCCCGAGGCGUUGCAGUUGCAGUGCAUCAGUUUGCUGCAGCGGGGCAGUCCUGCUGCAGUGAAGGGUUUUGUUGCAUGCGGGGGUUUGAGUGUAUUGGCGAAGUGGUUGGGGGUUUUGGGGGCAUCUCGGAGCCUGUCUGCUGCUGCUGCUGCUGCUGCUGCUGCUGACAGCAGCAGCAGCAGCAGCACCAGCAGCGGAGCAGCAGCACAACGCAGCAUGCGCCUGCGGCAGCUGCUGCUUCUCUUGAAGGGUUUAGCAGCACCCACGGAGGAGCCAGGCGCAGCACAGCUGCUGUCUCUCGUUGCUGCUGUUGCUGCGGGGAGAGAGAAACCCCCGCUGUGGUUUGGGGGGGUUUCGCCUUUUAUAAGAAACCUCGCAGCUCAGAUCCUUAAACUAUGGCAGAAGGAAAAGCAGCAAGCAGAGGGAGGGUCUGCUGCUGGCGCAGCAGCAGCACCUCAGGCGAAGGCACCAGCAGCAGCAGCAGCAGCAGCAGCAGCAGCAGCAACAAGCACGGAUUCGCUGUUAGAAGGUUUGCUGCUAGCAGGAUCUGAGGCGGAGCAGCGCCGGCAGCGGCAGCAGCAACAGCAACAACAACAGCAGCAACAACAGCAGCAGCAGCAGCAACAGCAGCAGCAGAAGCAACAGCAGCAGAAGCAGGAGGAGCCGCGCAGCGAAGACGUUCCCAGUGCAGCAGCAGCAGCAGCAGCAGCACCAGCAGCAGCAGCAGCAGCAAAGCCCCCGCUGGGCGUAUCAGCGCCUGCCUUGUGCGAGCCUGCAUCAGCAGCAACCAUGAGCAGCAACAGCAGCAGCAAUAGCAGCAGCAGCAGCAGCAGCAGCAGCAGCAGCGAGGAGUCUCAGGCCCUCAACAGCAGCAUAGACUCGCUGCUGCAGCUAGGCAAAGCAAUAGAGCUGACGCGGGAGCAGCAGAUGGCGCAGCUAGCUGGCGACUACUCACCAACAGCAGACGCAGAGCCUGCUGCUGAGCCUGCUGCUGCUGCAGCAGCAGCAGCAGCAGCAGCAGCAGGAACAGCAGCAGCAACUCCUGCUGCGGCGGCUGCGGCAGCAAAAGGCGAUCCCAACGAUCCCCAAGAGGGACCGCUUACUCAUAAGUCUGACAAACACCUCCGCUUCGCCGAGGAUAGGGGGCUCGUCUCUGGCGUGGUGUAUGACUCUCUAGACCCCCCAAGCAGCAUCCGCGAGGCGCAGCACUGCGGCAGCGAUGGUCUCCGUGCAGCAGCAGCAGCAACAGCAGCAACAGCAGCAGCAGCAGCAGCAGCAGCAGGAGACAAAGGAGACAGCUUCGCUCUCCGCCGCAAAAGACACGAGGCAAACGAAACCCCAGUACCGGGCGCGCGCGCUCUGGUGGGAGCCCCAGCCCUCGGGGCCCUUCGUACCCCCAACCCGUAUUGUGUCUUCGUUACUGAAGCUAGAACAUGUGCUGCUGCAGCAGGCUCCCCAAGAGAUAGAAGGGAACAAGCGCCUCAACAGACACCAGCAGCAGCAGCAGCAGCAGCAGCAGCAGCAGCUGGGUGCGCUCAGCCACAGCUGUAUCAAGACCCGCAGCAGCCGAUGCUCCUGCCCGUGCUGCAGCCGCAGCAGCAGCAGUUCGGGCAUGCGUUGCUGCAGCAGCAGCCGCAGCAGCAAGUGCAGCAGCAGCAGCAGCAGAUGCAGCAGAUGCAGCAGCCGAUGCUGCUGCAGCAGCCGCCCCCUCUCUUCUUUCCUGGCUUCCCCCCGCCCCCUCUCCCUGGCUUGCUGCUGCCUCCUGCUGCUAUGCCGCUGCAGCAGCAGCACAGACACAUGCAGCAGCAGCAGCAUAGACAGCUGCAGCAGCACCAUCGGAGACCCCAGGACUAUCACCCCAAGCAUCACCGCAUGCAGCAGCAGCAGCAGCCGCAGCAGCAGCAGCAACAGCAGCAGCAGCACGGACGCAUGGUUGGGCAACCAAACCCCGAACCCACCGCACCCUGGCGGACAUAG